AUGUCUUUCGUCCGACAGAUGUUUGGCCAGGUCCAGCGCCGAGCGUUCUCGGCCUCCGCACGACAGUCCUCCAAGGUUGCUGUGCUUGGUGCCGCUGGUGGUAUCGGACAGCCUCUGUCGCUGUUGAUGAAGCUCAACCCUCGCGUGUCUCAGCUCGCCCUCUACGAUAUCCGCAUGGGUCCAGGUGUCGCAGCUGAUCUGUCCCACAUCAACACCAAGAGCACUGUCAAGGGCUACGACCCAACUCCUUCUGGUCUCCGGGAGUGCUUGACCGGCAGCGAGAUCAUCCUCAUUCCAGCCGGUGUUCCGAGAAAGCCUGGCAUGACCCGUGACGAUCUUUUCAACACUAACGCUAGCAUCGUCCGCGACCUCGCAAAGGCUGCUGCCGACGCAGCCCCUGAGGCCAAGUUGUUGGUCAUCUCCAACCCUGUCAACUCGACCGUGCCCAUCUGCGCUGAGGUCUUCAAGAGCAAGGGAGUCUACAACCCCAAGCGUCUCUUUGGUGUGACCACUCUUGACGUUGUUCGUGCUUCGCGAUUCAUCUCCGAGAUUAAGGGAACCGACCCGGCUGAGGAGAACGUUACCGUUGUUGGUGGACACUCCGGCGUUACCAUUGUCCCCUUGAUCUCCCAGUCCCGUCACCCAGACAUCUCUGGUGAGAAACUUGAUGCUCUGGUCAACCGCAUUCAGUUUGGUGGUGAUGAGGUUGUCAAGGCCAAGGAUGGUGCCGGUUCCGCAACUCUUUCCAUGGCUUUUGCCGGUGCCAGAUUUGCCGAGAGCUUGUUGAGGGCAUCGCAAGGCGAGAAGGGCGUCAUCGAGCCUACUUUCGUUGACAGCCCUCUGUACAAGGACCAGGGAGUCGAGUUCUUUGCCUCGCGCGUUGAGCUUGGCCCUGAGGGCGCCGAGAAGAUCCUCCCGGUUGGCAAGAUCAACAAGUACGAGGAAGGCUUGUUGGAGGCAUGCUUGACUGAUCUCAAGAAGAACAUCCAGAAGGGCAUUGACUUCGUCAAGGCCAACCCAUAGAGGACGAUGGCAUGAAGGGUGGACUGGAGCGUGUAUGUACAAAAGCAGG